GUAGCAAAGUUUUCCUUUAGCAUGACUUCAGUAGCUACACGAGUAAUAAAAGUGUGAAACGAUUUUUACUGAAAUGCUACCUCAAUUGUGGAAAGGUUAUACCUAGACAAAAUAUCAGUAACUAAGCUGACCAGAAAUGCACAUGUAACCAAUCAAAAUUAUGUCAAAUAAUAACUACUAAAAAAAACAAGAACCAGGAUGUGCGAAGAAUCGGCGUGCCUUGUACCACCCUUGGAAACAAGCAGCCAAACUGGACCCGCAGAGACAAGACCAUCUUUUGGGUUCCCUUCGGGUAACGGAACUGUUCCCCAAAAUGGCGAAGCUUUGGUUGGAUUUCACGAAGACGCUUUAUCACAAGCUGCCACUGGGAAAGCGCAACUAUUAUUAGCUAUAGUUUUAGGUCUAGCUUUAGCGGCAGAUUGUUCCGAAUUGACAAUUUUGGGAUACCUCAUGCCUGCCGCAGAACUACAUUUAUGUAUUGGAGAACAUAGGAAAGGUUGGCUAGUUUCCAUAACAUUGUUGGCAAUGGCAGGAGGAUCUUUAGCAUGGGGAAUACUUGGGGACCACGUAGGGCGAAGAAGAGCAUUAAUCAGCGCCCUCUCUGUAGCGGCCUUAUUUUCAGCAGUGGCAUCAGUGAUGCCAACCUACGGAACAUUUAUGACAGCACGAUUUUGCUCUGGCCUUGGUAUAUCAGGAGCAUUCCCGUUAUCGUUCAGUUACCUGUCAGAAACAUGUUCAAGGUCAACACGUGCUCGAUAUGCAGGUAUUCUUCAUUCGAUAUGGCCAAUGGGUGCAGUUUUUAUUUCUAUAGUUUCUCACGUAACUAUGCCUACCGAUGGUGCUAAAAUCAUUCAAGACAAUCGAGAACACUGGAGCUCAUGGCACAGGUUUCUUCUUUUGAGUAUUAUACCAACGAUAAGCUGCAUUAUAGGACUGAUUUGGGCUUCGGAAUCCCCUAGGUAUCUUUUAGAGGCUUCCAGAGAGGUAGAGGCCUUGGCUGUUUACCAAAGACUUCACAGACUUAACAAGACGAGAACUCAGUACGGAUUGACGGAAUUAGAACUCCCCAGUAGAAGUGCCUACAGGGAGAGAUCAACGAGCCCUUCGAGAAAUAUUUUCAAUCAUGGCGUUACUUCAUUUCGUGAAGCAUUCCAAAGAGUUUCAUCUCCAACACAUUUCCGCACAACUAUAUUAUUAGCCACUUUACAUCUCUUGACGGGAUUCCUCUACAUGGGCAUAUCAACAUUCUCCACGGCAAUAAUCAAAGAUUUGAAAGAAGAAGAUUACUCCUUACAAAAGCAAUAUAUCAAUAAUAAAAAUUAUACUUCAAGUUAUUUUAACACGACCAUGGAGAAUAUUCAGUUUAAGAAUAUUCUUUUUAAAAAUGCAACAUUCGCACAUAUGGAUCUAAAUCAUGUCGAUUUUAUCAAUUGCAUAGUUGAAGAGUCAGAGUUUAUCAACGUAAAAGCCUCUGUAUCUUUGUUCACAGAGUCCAUUAUUAAAGAUACCAGAUUUAUAGACACAGAUCUUACGAACCAUCAUUUCCUUAACUGCAGUCUCAUUAACAACACUUUCUUAUCUCUUAUUUCUGACUGCAUUAUCGACUUCGACUAUAAUAUCUACCUUGAAGAUCUUUACGAAGAAACUCUGUCUUGGUCCGGAUUUAUGUUUUCAUCUUUAUUAUUCAUUGGGUUUAUACUGGAAACAGCAUCCAGACCUCCUGUUAUUAUAGCAACAUUCAUAUUAGCGGGAGUAUCUGCUGGAGGAAUAUUUUUGUCGUCUGCUUCUGUGUUUAUUGCUUCGACAGUUGACCUAUUAAUGAAGAUUUUUCUCAUGUGUGCCGUCAACGCAUUGACUAUGGUAGUCGUUGAGGGAUAUCCUUGUCAUUUAAGGUGUACUGCGCAUGGAAUUAUGCGUAGCUUAUUCCACAUAGCGUCCCUUUGUGCCAUCCCGAUAUAUAGUAUGUUAGUUCAUACAAUGCUGCUUUUCCCUGCAAUUUUGACCAUAUCAUUAGCUAUUUUUGCAGCUUUAUUGUCGACCAGGAUUCAAGAUAACAGUAAGGUUUUGCUGUAAUGUGAUACAUUCUAAAAGUAAAGAUUUAUUUAUACUGGAUAAGAUACCGUAUUAAGAAAUUUUGCAUGACCGUAAAAAUUAUGUUCCAAUUAAAAAUUUUCUUUUAUUUAUUGUGUAUACAGGUG